AUGAAAAUUCGAGAAUUAUGUGUUGAAACUCUACAGAAGAAUCAGAAUGAAACAGUAAUUUUCGAUAAUUCUAAUCAGAUACUAUCUAAAAAGGAUAAUAUUGACAUCUGUUUUGAUGAAUUAAAAACAGAAAAUGAUCCAACUGUUGGACGAGUGGAAAUAAACUUUCUUAGACAGUUAAUAGAGAAAUACUACAAUGAAAUUGCACAAUCAAAUUACUUUAAUUACAUUUUAAACAGGAUUAUUCAAAUUUUUCAAAUUGAAGAAGUUCCUAACAUUAUUAAAACAGAUAUUGUUGAAAUAAUAUUUCCUAUUUUAUCAAACAAACUUCUUUCAUGGACUGAAUUGCAAGAAUUUGUUAACAAUUCUUACAAAGAGAAAAUCGACUUAUCUUUAUCAAUAAUGAUCCAAAUUACAAACAUCCUUACUGAUAAAAACUUCGAUUCUUACAAGGAAAUUAUAAUAAACAUAAUAAAUUCAGGUUUUGAAACUCAAAAUUUCGAAACAAUCAUUAAAACAACCAAUUUAAUAGGCAACAUCUCCAAAUUUAAAGAAGUUGAGUUGAUUUCUUACUACAAAAAAGCAUUUGAACUUGCAAAACUCAAUGAACAAAAUUAUUUACUUCCAAUGCUUAAAAACAUGUUCCCUGUUUUAUAUUUGUGUACUCAACUCGAAAAUUCUACAGAAGAAAAAUAUUUUAAAUUUAUUUGCGAAAUUAUUUUCAAAAUUACAAACGAAACUGUUGAUUUUGAAAGUGAUUUUGAACAAUCCAUCAAUACAUUAUCUAAAUACUCAUCAAUUCUUAAUCCAAAGUCUCCAAAAGACUACAUUCCAUUUUUGAAAGCUUAUUCUAAACCUCCUUACAGCGAAUUCUACUUAGUUACACUCUCAAAGCUAAUACAAGACCCAAUGACACUGGUUAGGAUCAUUUCUGAGCUGAAAUUUUCAAAUUCAAAUUUAUAUCAAGAUUUUCAUAACGAAAGAGGUUCUCCUGAGAAGUUUUUUGACAUGUACUGUACCUAUUUAGUAUACCAGAUCGGUGCUUACGAUGAUUCCUAUUGGGAAAUUCGAUUAAUGAUUGCAGAUCUUUUAGUUGACAUGAUAACGAAGCAUAUUAACAGUAUUGUACUUGUUGACCCCAUGAUUAACUUCUUGCGCAUCAAAUUAGUUGGUUUAAUCACUGAUUCUCCGAUGAAUAAUUCUAUUCCUUUUAUCCGCUUGUUAUUACUGCUUGACAAGGCCACAUUAUCACGUCAAACACCUGAAAUAAUAGGAAGGAGACUUAAUACCCUCUUAAACAACAUCAAAAACGGACAUCCUGGAAAUCAAAUGAUAAUUAAGUUCAUUACUAAGUAUUAUUUGAAUUCUAUUGACCUAUCCGAGGUUAUAAAGUCCAAAUAUAAGCAAGGCUUGUUCUCAACAAGCGAUUUUGAGAUUUUAAUUUUGCCAAUGAGACUUUUUGAGAAGAAAGCAUCACUUACGUCCAUCAAACUGCUUUCAAACUUGUUAGUUACGCAUGAAUUAUGGAGAAAGAGUGCUGGAUACUUCCUUACAAAAGCAAUUCUUUCAUCUCAGUACCAAGAUGACGUUUCUGACUGGUUUUCUAAAUUUAUUUUAGACCUUGAAGCAUCAAUACGUUAUAGAAAGAGUGUUUCGAAUGAAAUGGUCGAUGGAGAUUUAAUUUUACAAAUAUUGAGGUCGAAAGGGUUCAAACAGAUCAAUUUCAUUAGCGAAAGAUUUGAUGAAAUCGAUAGUGAUGAACAACUCAUCGAGAAUCAAAUAGAAUUGAUUAAAAAGGGAAAAUUUGAUGUUCAAAAUCUUCCUUUCAAAGGAGAUACAUUGAAUCUGUUUGACGAAACUCCAUCAGCAACAGGCAAAGGUAAGGGUAAGAAAGGUAAAGGAAAGGGAAAAGGAAAGAAAAGGGCAGAUUCUGUUCCAAAAAAGGACGAAAAGAAAGAUUCAAAGAAGAAUGCAGCUAGCGAUAAUGAGGAAGAUGGAAAACAACCUGUUCAUAAAGAAAAAGCCAAAAAAGAUGAAGUUAAAUACGAAAUUAAACUUGAUCAACCACUUCCACCUCGUCCUAAGAGAAAGAAAGGAAAGAAACCAGUUCUUACAUCAGAGUUAAUCAAAAAGCAGAAAGAACAGCAAGAAAAGGCAUAA